AUGGCCUCCUUCAUCGUCCUCGCACUCGCCGUUACCGCUCUUGCUAGAGGCCAACAAGGCCAGGUCGUGAAGAUCAGCCCCAAAAAUGGCAACUCCACGUACGACGUCCAGUCGUCCAACUGGGCUGGCGCUGUUAUUCAGGCCGCUGCUGGCACCUACCAAGCUGUCACUGGCACCUUCACGGUCCCCAACCCCACGGGCUCGGGCUCCGCCGCCAUUUGGGUCGGCAUCGACGGCGCUGGCUCUGACUGCGGUGUCAUCCUCCAGACUGGUGUCGACGCGACCAUCGACAACGGCCAGGUGUCCUACUCCUCCUGGUACGAAUGGUUCCCCGACCCAUCCUACAGCUUCAGCAACAUCAACUUCGCCGCGGGCGACGUCGUCCAGCUGACCGCGACCGCGCACACGACGACGACGGGCACGGUGACGAUCGAGAACCAGACGAACGGCCAGAAAGUGACGCAGGACGUGAGCUCGACAUCCGCGCUCUGCCAGGAGUACGCGGAGUGGAUCGUCGAGGACUACCAGUCGGGCGACAGCCAGGUCGUGUUCGACAACUUCGGCACCGUCACGUUCUCCGACGCGCAGGCGACGACGGGCGCGGGCGCUGUUGGCCCCGACGGCGCGACGAUCUGGGAUAUCUGGCAGAACAACGUGCAGUUGACGAAGUCGUCGGUCCAGAAUGGCAACGUUGUCGUCAGCCACACUUAG